AUGGAGGAGCAGGAAAAGAUUUCCCAGUGCUGGAUGACUGAUGACUUGGAGGCCAUCUUUGAAAGGAAAGAUUUUUCAAGCGGUGAGUCUGUGGAACCUUCGAAAUUUGAGUGCAUAAAGUAUAAAAUAAUUACUCGUUUUUUUGGUCAUUGAUCCUCAUAAAAACUGGUUUGCAAUUAUAGGCAAUUCAGGGAGCGAGUGCUAAUAUGAUAAAAUUUGGACAGUCUGUGAAUAAUCAAAGAUAGGAAUUUUGGACAUAAAUAACAAAGGAAUCAUUUGCCUUAAGUUGCAGAUACAACUCCUGAGUUCAGCGCUAGCUCAACAGACAUAAGUUCGGUUAACGUGGCUGAUGAUGUCGAGAAAGGAGGCUCUGGAGACAAGGAUAUUGACCUUUAUUCACCUAAAACACAAGGUAAGUGUCUAGCAUUGGCUACGGGU